AUGAAUUUACCUUCGCAGUCCAACUCGGCUGAGCAGACUAUCCGCAAAGGCGACAUCGCCAAGGUUUCUAGGAGCUUGCAAGUCCGACUGGGCCUGGCCAAACUCAAGUAUCAGCAUGGCCAGCUUCAUGGCCUAGACUUUGUCCAGGAUGAAUGCGGCAAGCGGUCCGACUCAUCCGAUUUCUCUCGCAGCCGCUGCGAGACCCGCUUGACUUCACCCCCUUUCCAAUCCUCGACCUAUUACAAAGAACUACCCCUAUCCGUCCCCAACCUGUCGGCCACCCACAAACGCUUCCGACCCGACUUUGACCCUCCCCUCCCAACCAAAGCAGCGGGGGUAUCUUGGAAGAGAGCGUGCCAACUGCCAAAGUCUUCGCCAAGGCUUAAUUGGCAUAUGGGAAAGCCACCGAAGCAUACCCCCUUUAUGUCCGAGGCCCCCUUUCCUGAGCGGGUUUCUUCCGCACAUAGUGGGGCCUAUGCUGAAGAAAGCAACCCUGAUAUCCUUCUUCAUCGCUUUCGGAAUAUUAACUCUAUGGCGAAUUCUUCUCCGCCUCCACUUUCGAAGCAGGCUCGUCCGCCCCGGAAGCUUGCCUUGAAUGAGGAUAAGACAGGCCUGCCCCUGUACUUGAGCUCCCCUUCAACUCCGGUCUGUGUAUUAGGAGGUUCUCAGGACCUGCCUUACACGCCUCCUUUCAAGCACGCUACUCUGGCAACCCUAAAUUCCGUUCUGGGAAGCCCGGGCCAGCAAUUCAACUUUGCUGAUUACGUGAACGUAACGCCUGCUCCAGCUCAGCCUACAUGGAGCAGCGCCAUUGCUUCUAUAUAA